ACCGGAAAUGAAACACGCGUCUCUUGUGUGUACUUCCUGGUCCGAUCUAAUCCCGCCUGUCUGUGCUCGCACACGCGCACACCCAAACAAGCCCCCUCCUCCUGCGUCUGCGCGACAGAUGUAGCCUCCUGCCGUCCUGAUGUUUGCCGACGUCCGUGUUUGGCGUUUAAAACGACCCAACUGUCGCCUGGAGUCGUUUGUCGUCCUUUUCCCGGCACCGAGCUCGACCUCUUGUUGUGUGACUGGCGAGCCGGGAAGUAAACACGCCGUCCUGUGCCCAUGACAGGCAGCAAAUACUAAUCGCUACCAUAUCAUCAUCGUUGAUUUCUCAAUCGGGUCCUCAUGGCGUCCGUUUCGAAGGUGUCUAUUUUGGAUUACUUUAAUAUAGUGUUUGAGGGCGAAAAUGGCAAAAUCGAGUCCAACUGUAAAGCGUGUGGCACGAGAAUCCAGGCGAAGCGCAGCGUCACGUCCAACUUCGUAACGCAUCUUAAGCGCAAGCAUCAGGCCAUGUAUGAAGACUUUGUGAAAAGGAAAGACAUGAAGCGAGAAGGUUACUCCUCUGGUCACAUCCACACCGUGACGGCCCAUGACGGGAACGCCCGCUGCUGCAUCAACAUGGGGGCAGCAGUGGGAGGAGGAGGAGGAGCAGCUGGUGGUGGUGGGACGACAGCCCUGGAAGCAGGAGGAGCAAGCAGGUUCCAAAAGCAUGACCCACGUCAGGUUUUAAUCAGUGAGGCCAUCACUAAGAUGAUCGUUAAUGAUCUGCAGCCAGCUUCCAUGGUGGAAAAUCCUGGCUUCAGAGCACUGCUUCAGCUCCUGGAGCCCCGUUACACCCCAGACCCCCAGCACUACAUCCAGAGCCAACUCCUCCCAGCCUAUGCCUACCAGGCCCAGGUGGCCAUCCGUCAAGCUCUGGCCUCAGCGCAUGCCCUCAGCCUCAGCUUGGACGUCUGGAGGGCCUCAUCUAGAGGUUACCUUGGUGUCACCUGCCAUUUUCUGUCAUCGGAGUGGCAGAUGCGGUCAGCUCUCCUGGCUUGUCUUCCUCUUACUGGGGAUCGCAUUCUCUCAGAUUUUGAGGAAGUGUGUCACUCUCAUGGCGUGGCCGGAAGAGCCUUUCGUGUGGUUGCAGAUCCGCUCCUGACUACAACCACAGUGAAGCCAUGCUGUCUUCCUGGUUUUUGCCCAGAUGGGGAUGAAGACGAUGAUACAGAAAAUGGGAACAACGCAAAAGAAGAAAUUGGUGGAGAAGCAGGAUGGGAGGACUCAUGGGAGCAGGGUCUUGGUGUUUGUCGUGUGGACUGCUUCUCUCGCUCUCUGGGACACUGCGUCAGAGAAGGGUUACGCUCAUGUCCGCAGCUUGAUUCUGCACUGACCAAAGCCUGCCACUUUUACAGCUACAUCACAACUUUUGUUCCAUCAGAGAAACUGAGCCAGGUGUUUGCUGGACCUGGGAUUAUGAUAGGAGUCCAAGGAAGUGCCUCUCCACCAGGGCGAGACUGGGCUACUCAGCUUAAGGUGCUUCGACGGCUGUUAGAGUCCGUGGAGGUCUUGGAGGAGAUGAGUGCUCCAGGGGAAAUGGUGCUGUGCGUUUCAGAAAGGGCCCUGCUGAGGGAGCUCACUGACACGUUGGAGCCGUUCAUCGAGGCCUGGGACAUUGUGUCUGGGGAGCGACAGGUGGACAUGAACACCGAUAGACAUGUGUACAUCAGUCUGGCUCUUCCUUGUGUCUUAGGCUUGCGCAAACAUCUCUCGGAGACGUCAACUCCUUGUUGCCCUUCCCUCUUGGCAAGCCUAAGCCAAGCUGCAGAGCGUCGUCUCGCUCCUAUCCUGGAGGAUCCCCUCUACAUCACGGCUACUACUCUCGAUCCCCAGUUCAAGCUCACAUGGAGCAAUAACCCUGAGUGGCACAGACAACUUCUUCUAGAAGAAUUAUCCAAACAUUCUGCAGACUCAGAGCAACAUCCUCAUUCCUACACGUCUCCAGCACAGGCGCCAUUGCCUGUUUCACCUUUGGCUCGCCCCUGCAAGCUGUUCUCUUUCAUCAAGCAGAGGCCCAUUAGUCAGGCCAAGAGCCUUGAGCAGGAGCUCGCCAUCUACCUGCGAGAGGAACCUACGGACGAAGAGGCUCUGCAUUACUGGCAGCGUAAAACAAUUGACUUCCCGCUCCUCUCCCAGGUGGCCAAGAGGGCGUUUACCGUACCUGCUUGUGGCACGGCGGUGGAAAGCAUCUUCAGCCAGGCCGAGAACUGUCUGCGGCCCGAAAGAGGCUGCGUCUUACCACAGAACUUAGAGACACUCAUAUACCUCAAAGCCAACUCCAGAUUGUUAUGGACAUAGUCUAUUUCCGACACACUAAACAACACAGGCAAUUGUGAUGGGAUUAACUCCAAAGCCUCUUUGAUGUUCCUGAGGCGUUGUUUUAAUUUAUGAACACUAUCCCCUAAGACUUUCAGGAACAAACCAAGGAUAACGUUACCAGUAACAGUUGCAAAAUAAAUCAUGUGACAUUUUUGUUAUAGUUUUUAAAUGGCUAAUCAAACAGAAGUGCAUCUCCAGCUAAGUUUAUUUUUAAGUUACAUUUUACAAAUUUUUCCACAUUAGUGAACAAUGUACUUUGAUCCCUACACAAAACCUUCUUGGCCAAUUUCCAUACUACAUGGUGGAGGAGUGGGGCAUAAGCCAGAGAAGUUUUAAAAAUUUGAGGAUUCGAAUAAGAAUGCAGAACAUACUUUCUCUGUGAAUAAUGCAUCAACUAGAAUGAUAAGAUACAGUAUAGUAUGCAGAGGAUGGCUACUUUCAAAAGGUGAAUUAUUGGUGCUUGUUUUUUGGUUUGCAAUUUAUUCUUGAUUCAACAUGUCUUCUUCCAAUGCUUGAAUUCAUUAGAAUGAAUUCCCCAAAUAUUGUUUUUGAUUAGAUGCUGAUGAAUAACAGCGGUUGUGCCCUGAAAUGGUAGCUGCAAGAGCUUGCUACAAUACUGUAGAUCCAUCCAUCCAUCCAUUUUCUACUGCUUGUCCCUCUCGGGUCACUGGAGUGCUAGAGCCUAUCCCAGCUGCAUUCGGGCGGAAGGCGGGAUACACCAUGGACAAGUCGCCUCUUCAUCGCAGGUCCAAGACAGAUAACAUUCACACUCACAUUCACACACUAGGGCCAAGUUAGUGUUGCCAAUCAACCUAUCCCGAGGUGCAUGUCUUUGGAGGUGGGAGGAAGCCGGAGUACCCGGAGAGAACCCACACAGUCAUGGAGGGAACAUGCAAACUCCACACAGAAAGACCCCAAGCAAAAUAUUUGGCGAAAAAUCAAAGGUCUUCAUUCAGUUUACCUGGGGGUCGCUGGACGAAGACUCAGAGUAAGGUUGGACUCACAAAAUAGUCACUUCAGAUCAUCAGAAUCAUGUUUUAACCACAUGACUACAUUUGUUAACUACCUCUACCAACAGUCAUAGUGACCCUGAGCCGUAUUAGUGUUCUUUCUCGUGGGAUUCCUGCAGUGUUGGGCAGUAGGUUACAAGUUUAACUACAUUGGGUUUUUUUUACAUCACCACAGAAGCUGCAUUUUCCCAGGCAUAUCUAAAGCUUCAACGCAUCUCUCCUGGACUAUGUCACUUACCUAUCUACCCGUCAUCACAGUCGAGACACUAGUAAGUACACACAAAUGGCUGCGAUCCAAAUUGCUGUAUCUAAUACAAGUUCACGUGUCGAGACGCUACUGUCGAUGUCCAAGAUAGAUUUAGGGACACAUUCUGGUAUUUCCCUAAAUUAACACAAUAAAUGCCAGCUGAGCUACAAUAAUCUUCACGAUUGAGUCACUCAAAAAACAAACAGCAUUUGUACUAGCUAGCAACAUGUCAUUUGGCAGUAACAUAUUACCAUUAUGUGUGUUUCUUUAGUCACUUCAAUUAGACCACAACAAUGAGAUAAAUAAAAAAUAAUUACAACUUGACUGAAUUACACUGACCAAUCUGACUAACUAAAACCAAAAAAAUAAAUACAUGUCAAUUUAAUAAGAAAGAUACCCACAUUUGCAACUAUAAUAUCAGUGAUGUUUCUAAUGUGACAUGGACUCACUGACCAUUAGUGUGAGACCAAGAAAUACUCAUAUUUCAGUGCACAUGUUAAAAAAAUAUUUUAGUCUUCAUUUAUACCUGAAUGAUUAAAGCGAUACGAUUUUGUAAUGAAGUGAACAUCAGUUGUAUUGCAGAUUAAUUGAUCAUGUAGUGAUUACGUGGAUUGAAGUUUGUUCUUAAAAAGGGUGGUGAGUUUGGGCGCCGUGAUACAAAAAUGCUCUGAUGUUGGCAUUUCAUUGGACCUUACUUUUCUUUGAAAACAGACAGAACUUAAAGGUGCCAUAUGUAAUAAUUUCAUGUCAAGGAAUUAUUAAAUGGCCCUGAUAUUUCAAAAGGCAUUAAUACAUCAUGUUCUUUUCGAAUACCUUUAUAACUGAUAAUGGUAGUUCAGCUGGAAUAUGCUCCUUAGAUUUACAGCCUCGAAAUACUGUUAUUGUUUUCAUUUCGAUGCCCCGCCCUCCACUGUUUGACCAAUUAAAAAGUCUGAGUGUGUCACAUCCAGGUUGCCAGCGAUGCACCGCUCUCUUCCUUGAGCUAUUGCCACUGGUAAAGUUACUAAACAUGUCAGACCUUAAUAAAUCUUAAAGACGUCGUUACGAUUCUCAACUUAUUACUCCAAACUUGCUAAUUUCCUCCUUGAUAGGUAAGUCAGGCAUUUACGUUUUCGUAUUACUUGUAAUAAAUAAAUGGAAAUUUCGUAUGUAAACUAUAUUGUCAAAUACAGUCUAUGAUCUUGUGUAACAAAGCUAGUAUGUUCGUGCAACGAAUGCUUAGGAGCGAAGCACCAUCACACUAGUGUAAAGCUUACUUAGCUUCACACUAGUAAAGUUUAGUAAGGCUAACGGGGGAAAUAUAUGCCAGUUAGCCUGUAUGUCGAUAUGUAUUCCAACUGACAAGACAACAUGUAUUUUCGACAAAUAAAACCUAUGUGUAUAUGGGUAGUGUCAAUGCCUAUUUCGUACUCAAUAUGCUGAUACACUGAAGAAAUGUGUUCCAACAUUAGCACGGCUAAUUGCGGUUUCUGGUACUGUAUGUGCAUCGGGCACAUAGGGGGUGGUAUUUGCUUGGCACAAUCUAAUGCAUUACAUGUAAUGACUUUCUACUUUGUGUAUUGACAUGGUAGUAUGCUAUAUGAUUUAUGCGUAACAUAUUUUUUGCGUUAUGUUGGUUGGUUCAUAGAAUCGCACUCUGCACUGAAAGAUGAUGAUGUGCGUACAUGGAAGAGAAUGCAGUGCGUCAGGUUGGAUGCAACAUGAAGUUAUGCUGAACGAAAUGUGGUGGUAAUUUUACUGCCAUCAAAGUAGGCCUAUGCAAUAUACAAUAUAUUAUAUAUAAUCAUUUUGAUGGUGGUCUGUGCGGUAAAACUAUAGACAUUUAACAGGGUAAUGCCAACAGUCUGUCCUGACUUCAGACGAAUAUAUUGCUGCGUAACUUUACAGAUAUAUUUGGCUAAUCGACAUCAGUAAAAUGUGGCAUAAUUACUUGGUUAUCAAUCUUGCAAGACCAUAUACAAGAGAAACUUGCAGCGUAGGACUCAACAAUCGCCAUUCGAAGUUUCUUGGAGUUGGAUUCGGAUGUGUAUCUGGUAUCUUCAGUCAUGCAGAUUGGGAGGGGAGUACAGAAUUUUGACUGUGACUGCAGUUAUGAUCCUGGUAUCAGUUCAUAUGGCACCUUUAACCAACAGUGACACUACUUUAACUCAUGCUGCCGAACUAACAUUGUCGCAAUGCAUGCUGGUAGCUUCGCCCCAACAUGCUACAAUAUUGAUGUUUUUAAAAU